AGGUAAACGGCAGUAAACAGGAAAUGAAUGCACAGUUGUUCUCGCCAUUGUUUGGAGGGAUUACAAAUACACCGCCCACUGUGGAGUCUCCCCAGUUAUACAGCAGCUGGUCAACAUGUGCCGACGAUACCAAUGCCGCUGCUUCGUUGCAAGAUGGCUCCCAAAAAAGGGCGCAGAUAAAUCUGUCGUACUCUGGCAGCGGGCCUGACAUGUUCGGUUUGGUCUCCAGCAUCCUGGAGGAGCCGGACAAGCAAGAACCUGCAGCAGACUGGAACGCUCUUUCAAGAUUGUUUCCGCCCAUGUGGUCAACUGACUCAGAAAACAGUUUCUCAGGGCUUUUUCCUAAAAAUAUUUUGGAAAACAAAGAUCUCGCUACCCUGGCUGACAUCCAGCACCCUUAUGAAGGAAACUUGAGAGAGGCGUGCUCCACAGAAUCUUUAAAGAAAGACUUGGAUGGUUUCCCCCUCCCGGGCUCCUGGCAUGCGCUUUCCCACCCUUGCCCGCAGUCUCCCGAAAAGAUGUUCGGGGAUGCCGCUCCCUCAAACAAGGUUUUCAAACAGCGUGGGAUCAAUCAGCCAGACAGUCUGGAGUAUCAGAACACGCGCAGUUAUGACAAGCAAUCAAAUAGUGACGGCGGAAGGAGCCUUGUGGAUUUCAGCACUUUCUCAUCUCAAGUUAGAGUAAAAGGUAUCGCUCACAAAGAAUAUCCAAAAAUGGAUGAAGCAAGAGGAGCGCUUGGGGGAAGCGACCGAGAAGGACCACGCCAGUACUUCAGCCAGCUGUCCAAUAAUUCUUCCUCUGACGGCAUUUGGGACCUAGUGGGCCAAGAAAACAGCUUGUCUUCUGAAGGAUACCCGAAUUUCCCCGCUGCUCAUGGAUCACAGCAGUUUGGUUUUCCGCCCCUUUACGUUUGCACGCCAGCAUCUAAUAAAGAAAACACCUUUCCUAAUGGAGCAAAUACAAAACUGCAGGAAACGCUCCCACCAAACACCCGUCAUCCUAUUAGUACGGAAGCAACCUUAUGCAAUACUGAAUGUAAAAUCCCAGCGUGUCCUCCAAAAGCAUCCUGUAAUACCUUGCCUCUAAAACCAGCUCCACAGAAAACAAAUUCGUCUUACAAUGGAUACACGUGGUUGGAUGCUAAAAUACUGAAUGCCUCGACUGCAUCGUGCGUCGCUUACAGGAAGCCAACGGACUCUCAGCCGCCUUCAGCUCACUCAAAUAGGUCUUCUGCUAAUCAGCCUGCGGUCCGGCCUGCCUAUUCACAGAUUUCGCUUGCCUCUCCUUCGAGGAAAGACGGGAAACUGCAAAUGUCCAAUAACAUUCCCAAUGGCUCAGUUUUUUCCAGCUCUUUAGAGAAACAGAAAAAACCUAGCCCUAUUGGACAUGCCCAGCACGAUUCCUCCAUGACUUCAGAAGGACUCUAUGGUAAAAUACCCGUCAGCGCCCCCUCCAGCCGGUUAUCACCGCAGUAUUCUGCAAAUCACAGAUUUCAUAAUAAGCCAAGUCGGUUCAAUGCUAAUGAAAGAACACAGAAUGAGGGAAAAGGUAAAAAUAAUGGGAUUCUGUACCCAGGCUAUGCAGGUCCCAAUCGAGCUCAGCUUGAUGCGUUGAGAAGGAAACAAGAUCAGAACGGGAGCAGCUUGGCCGACUUCAUCAAUCCUUCUUUCCUUCCACUUUUCCCGUUAGCAUCUGGCUAUAAGCACACGCCCGGUUUCCCUCCGUUCGUCCCUCCUCCUUUUCCGGCACAAACAAACGUUGCCUUUUCUCCGCUGCUCUUCCCCUUUUCUGAACUGGUCGACCUUUUCCACUACGAUGAUUUUCACCACUUGAGCCCCUUUGUGAACGAUCUGUUCUGUGCAGAAAUGUCCGCGCCGUGCUUUGCCUUUCCCCCUCCUCUGAAUGGCUACCGGCCUCCCAAGAACCGUAGCGGACCCGCAAAUGAGCUCCAUAUCCACCUGGAAGAGUGUUAUGACCAGUGGAGAGCGCUCGAGAGGGAACGGAAGAAGGUCAGUGUAACGGAAGAGCUGGCUUCUCUGCCACUCUUUCAUAAGAUACUGUUGCAGCCACCUACUCGUUUAGCCGGGUGUGGUGUUGGAGGCCCCCAGGGGAGCUCUCCUUCAGACUUGGCUCUUCUGGAUGACAGCCUCCACAAGGGCAGAGGUCAGCCUGGCAGAAGGUGA